GAAACAAACAUCAUCGUCAGUUCGUAUAUUCAUCAAUAUGGGUUCCCACGACUCUCUCAACCAAGCCGAAGGUGCUCCUCGCUUCUGGUACCGCGAUAACUUCUUCCUCACAAACGACAAGUCUUAUCUAUGCCCUCAAACCUUCAACAAGUCUCUCGAUGACAACUGGUGGAGCAGCCCCUUGCCAAACGGACAACUCCAGAGGGUGCUGGAUAACUGUCUGACCCUGGCGGUGUACUAUACUCCCCAAACCGCCGAGGAGAUGAAGAGAAACGGCAUCGCUUCACCAAAAGAUGGCUCCCCGCAUAAGAUGGUCGGUUUCGCCCGCGUGGUGACUGACUAUGUAACCCUAGCCUACCUCACAGACGUCUUCGUCGUCGACGAGUUCCAGCGACGAGGAUUGGCGUCGUGGCUGAUGCAAGCUCUCAAGGAGAUCGUCAACGAGUGGAAGCACAUGCGCGGACUCCUUCUCAUGACCCACGACCAAGCCGCAGCGAGGCUGUAUCAAAGGGAACUGGGUGCUCAAGAGUUCGAAAAGGGUCCGUCAGCUGGCCUAGUAAUGCUCGAAAUGGCCGGCCCAGCCGAGAAACCUGCACCCAAGCACUGAAAUGCAUUUCGCUUUUAUGUUAUUUCUUUCCUUUUUUUUUUUUUUUUUUGUUAUCUAGCGAUGCAUUUACCCACGGCUUUACGUCUGGGUGACUUUUUGUUUUCUGUCAUGGUUGAAGAGGUUGGGUUUUGUUUUGUCUUAGCGCUGUGAUCCGGACAUGGCGGCUCGC